GGUAACGGAAGAGACAUUUUGCUGCAUGCUUUGAAUUGCCACAAAACACAAAUUAAUUUGUUCCAAUUUCGGUGGACAAAAAUAGCAUUCAUCCAUCCAUUUCCUACCGCUUGUGCCUUUUGGGAUCGCGGGGGGUGCUGGAGCCUAUCACAGCUUCACAGCUGCAUUUUGGCGGAAGGCGGCGUACACCCUGGACAAGUCGCCACCUCAUCGCAGGGCCAACACAGAUAAACAGACAACAUUCACACUCACAUUCACACACUAGGGCCAAUUUAGUGUUUCCAAUCAACCUAUCCCCAGGUGCAUGUCUUUGGCGGUGGGAGGAAGCCGGAGUACCCGUAGGGAACCCAUGCAGUCACGGGGAGAACAUGCAAACUCCACAGAGAAAGAUCCCGAGCCCGGGAUUGAACCCAGGACUACUCAGGACCUUCGUAUUGUGAGGCACAUGCACUAAACCCUGUACCACCGUGCUACCACUAAAAUAGCAGACUGAUUGUAUUUUUGUCAACUUGUAGCAAUGCUUGAUGUGUGUGUCUAAACUCACCUUUGUGUUUUUCUACUUUGUGCAGCACUGGAAUCCACAAUCCAACAGCAUCAAGGACACAGGAUCUUCUUAUUUUGACUCUGUGCUCCAUGCCAGCACUGGAUGCAUACAUUCAGACCAAGACGGAGACAACAUGGCGCUGUACAUCUUCAACUGCGGGCUGCUGACACUUUGCUGGGCCGUCUUCUGUGUGGCAAUGCCAGGCAUCCCCAAGUUUACAGAGGACAAAACACCGAGGCCCACAGAGAAGACAGGAGAUGCUUCAAAGAUGACCCCACCUCACUCCACAGUUUCCCACCUGGUUCCUCAGACCGCAGAGUGUUUUCUGGAAGAUACAUUGGCUGCCUUGGGAGAGGCUUCGGAGAACGACAGCAAACUGACACAGGAAGGUUCGACUCUGUUCGGAAUCUGUGCGGAAUCUCACGGAAAUGUCUCAGUGCUGGUGGAUCUGGUGAUGAAAGCCAAGAGGAAGCACAGAGACGGACUGGAGGUGAUGCAUCCUACGGAAGUGUUUUUGAUCGAGGAGGAGAAUAAGGAAGCCCUCACCCUCAUUUUUGGCCUCCCUCAGUCCCCUUUGCUCCAACGUACUCCAGUGCUCCUCUUGGCCUUUGAGAGUCCCUUCAGUGGAGGCGCCCUGGACCAGAUCACCUUCAGCGGUCAGUCCUUGCAGCCCAACACACAGGCAAUCUGCGUCUCAGAAGGAACACAUUACAUUCUGCUGACAGGACAAGCCUCGGUGGAACACCAAAGAUGGAUUCUCUCUGUCGGCACUAAAUCACUUGACAUGAAGGAAAGAAUAAAAGCACUUCUAAGUGGUGGAUCCACAGGAAGAAGUGGCGUGACUCCAGUUCUUCUAUUCCUUAGUGAAGAAAAAAGUGACAGCAGCUCAUCCCAACCCCUCCACUUUCUGUGCGAGCUGAGGAGGUUCCUGAGUGACGUCUUUCCCCGGCAGAACCGUAUGCUCUCGUCCCCGCUAAAGCUGGACUCCUUGCAGGCUCUGCCCUCUGUGGCUCUGGGCUUGUCCUCCAGCGAGUCCCUGCUGGCGGAGCUGAUGAACUCCUCUGCUCCCACCAUAUUCUCCUUUACUGGCUCCAUGUUCAAGGUCCGCCGAGGAGAGCUGGCCAUGUCCCCUGGGCUGCUGGAGGAGCUCAAGAAGGGUUUGGAGCACAACGUGAUGCAAGUCAUGCAGGUUCUAAGAGAUAAGGAAGGAGGUCAGAAGAGUAUCAAGAGGUUGGAAAGACUCGUGGAACUCUGUGCUUUCCCCAAUGCGGACCUGCCGUCAGGAGAAAGCCAGUACUGCGCCUUCCUCUUGCUGAAGGCCCUGAAGACAGUGGGCCGGGAGAUUUUGCCACAACCGAGGGCCACCAGAUCCAGUGGCCUCGGGACCCUGUGCGGCCUGAGGAGCCUCACCGUGUCCCUGGAGAGGUACGUGGUCUCGCCAGACACCGCCACCAUCAACAACUGUCACGGCUUGUGCAAGGUGCCUAUGGUCAAAACCACAAACCACGCCGUGCUGGUCAUCAAGCACAUCGAGAGCGGGAACGUGCACGAGCGGGCGCCGUGCUGUGUGCCCGUGGCCUACGAGCCCCUGGAGAUGGUGGACCACAACGAGGACGGGACGUUUCUUGUCGUCCGCCCCGACGUGGUGGCGAAGGAGUGUGGAUGUCACUAAGAGCUGAGGUUUCCAAUUGUACGCUCAUCGGUCUCGGUACACUAUAUCUACUUAGAGCCAGUGUGCGAGUGGGCAGGUGUUUGGCUGAGAAUGGUUUCUUUUAUUUACAUGUAUUUAUUCACAAAGUAUUAAUUAUGUGGUGCAGAUAGGAAUAUUUAAACAUUUCCUUCAUAUAUUUUUCACUAAUCAUAAUUCCCACUAUUUACAUAAUAACAUAGGAUCUGUGUUUCACAUACAUUCAGUUCAGGGUGGGCGAUAUGGCCGUUUAUUAAUAUCUCGAUAUUUUUAGGCCGUGCCACGAUACAUGAUGUAUAUCUCCAUAUUUUGCCUUAGCCUUGAAUGAACACUUGAUGCAUAUAAUCACUGCAAUAUGAUGAUUCUAUGUGUCUACAUUAAAAUAAUCUUCUUCAUACUGCAUUAAUAUAUGCUCAUUUUAAACUUUCAUGCAGAGAGGGAAAUCGCAACUAAGUCAAUUGACCAAAACUGUAUUUAUUAAAGAGUUAUUAAGCAGUGGCACAAACAUGUCAUUUCAAAACAGAAAGUGCAAGAUUGUCAGAGAUAUUAUUAAACAAGCUAAUAGUGCACUUUUGUGCAUGAUGUCACUAAGAUGACAUAUCAAAACAACACUAAAUUAAAGUGCACUUUGUGUACAGAACGCCACUUCAAUAGUUUAAAACAAAGUGCACUUUUGUGCAUGAUGUCACGCAAAAUAUUUUGAUAAGUGUCAAAUAAAAAUGAGCUGCAUAAUAGGAAAUAAAAUAGUGUAUGUCCUUUGCUAUGUGGUAGGUUCCUGCGGACGUUAUCUCCUUCUUUUGUUGACUAUUUUUUUCAUACGGUGUUGAUCUGGAAAUAGUUGCUUUGGCAUUUUGUGGGUGUGGCACCGAACUGAGAUUUUGACAUGCGGAGUUUCAAGCAGUUUUCAUUCUCUAGCGGAUGACUUUUCAAAUGAUGCUACAUAUUAGCAGCCGUGGUACUUUUUGUAGCGAUGCUUUUGCCGCAUAAUUGUUCAACAUCUUCCCGCUUGAAGCCAAACCACUGCCAGACGAUGGACCCUCUGCUGUUUUUCUUGGGAAUUAAUUUUUCCUUUAUUUGUUACCAGAUUCGCACCUUCUCUCACUCGUAUUACCACCCGCACCGCACCUUUAGCAUCACGGCUAACGUUACCAAGUCGCUGCCUGUCUGCUCUGCCAGGGCGUAUGACGUUGCACACGUGACGUGUGUAAGAAGGUGCGCUUGUUUUAAGUCUCUAUGAGAAGGAGAGACAAUAAAGAGUGGGAAAUGCAUGCAGUGUAAUGGUCUCAGCUAAAAGCAACUGCAUGAGAACAUAUACUCGAAUAUCACGAUUUAGUCAUUUUUCUAUAUC